AUGAAACCGGGCAAAGAGCCGCAUGCUGCUCAGGAGCUGCGGGUUGGCCGCCCCUGUCUGGGUGGAGAAUCGUCUAGUCCACAUCCUCUAGCGUCGGUUCCUGUAGCAGAACUGAGGCUGGUGCUGCUGGGGAGGACGGGGUCUGGGAAGAGUGUAACAGGAAACACCAUCCUGGGCAGAGAGGAGAGGAACCAGGCUGCUACGUCUACAGCUACAUCUACAGCCACCCAGCAGAGUGAGAGCACACAGGGGGAGGUGGCUGGGAGGAAGGUGACUGUGGUGGACACGCCUGACUGGUUCUCUCCUGAACUGUCUCUGGAGAAGCUGAGACAGGACGUGGGACUCUGUGUCCGUCUGUCUGCUCCAGGACCCCACGCCUUCCUCCUGGUCAUACCUCUAAAGCAGCCUACAGGAGAGGAAAGAGGGAUGCUGGAGAAAAUGGAGGAGAUCUUUGGAGAGAGAUGUUGGAGAAACACAAUGAUCUUAUUCAGUGUUACUGAUGAACAUCAGAAGAAGAACAUUGAGGACUUUAUCCAAUCAGGAGACCAGGAGGUCCAGAGACUUGUAGAGAAAUGUGGGAACAGGUUUCACUGUCUCAACAUUAAUGAGAGUGGAGACGGUUCUCAGGUCUCAGAGCUGUUGGAGAAGGUAGAGAAGAUGGUGGAAGGAAGCAGAGAGAAUUUCUACAGCAGUGACAUCUACCUGGAGAGAGUAUCUCUGAUUAGAGCCAUAGAGGCAACGUUUCGAAAGACAAAAGAAGAGAAAAGAAAGAGAUAG